AGUCUUCGUCUUCCUCCGGAUUUGAUUGAUGAUUAUCUCUUUUGCAUGUUAAAGAGCAUAAAUCGUAUGGGUCAUGAAAAUUUCAACUUCUGUUAUUGAUUGACAUGGGAACAGAAGUAAGGUUUUUCAUGACCAGAGAGGCUAAUAUCGCAUGAGAUUUUCUUUUUCCUCCCGGUCAAAAUAAGGAGUCAUACAGUUCUCAUUUCUUCACACCUUCGGUUUUGUACACCCAGAAGGUGGUUUGUUUUGGUUUCACUUGUUGAGGGUCAUAUAUAGAGAUUUGAGACGAUGAAUAAUAACUCUGCAAAUCAUACUAUGAUGGAGAUAGAAGCUAGUAAACCCUCUGGGACGACGAUGGGGGGUCUGAGUCCACUGAGUGAAACACUUUGGAGAGAGAAGACGAAGAUAGAGGUAAUGGGAGAUGUGUCUGCUAGGUUAACAUGGAAGGAUCUGACAGUAAUGGUGAGUCUCAGAAAUGGAGAAACCCAGAAAGUUCUAGAAGGACUGACUGGGUAUGCAGAGCCUGGUAGCUUAACUGCUCUCAUGGGUCCUUCUGGUUCUGGUAAAUCCACCUUGCUUGAUGCUCUCUCCAGUCGCCUUGCUGCUAACGCUUUCCUUUCUGGAACCAUUCUCCUCAAUGGUCGGAAAACCAAGCUCUCAUUUGGCACUGCUGCGUACGUGACGCAAGACGACAACCUGAUAGGAACCCUAACAGUGAGAGAAACAAUUUGGUAUUCAGCGAGAUUGCGUCUCCCGGACAAGAUGAGUCGAUCGGAGAAGAGGGCUUUGGUGGAGAGUACGAUUAUCGAGAUGGGUCUUCAGGAUUGCGCCGAUACAGUGAUUGGAAACUGGCAUCUGCGAGGAAUCAGUGGAGGAGAGAAGAGACGAGUCAGCAUCGCUCUUGAAAUUCUCAUGAGGCCAAGAUUGUUGUUUCUUGAUGAGCCUACCAGUGGUCUUGACAGUGCAUCGGCGUUCUUUGUGACUCAGACACUGCGUGGAUUAUCAAGAGAUGGAAGGACUGUAAUAGCUUCCAUUCAUCAACCCAGUAGUGAGGUGUUCGAGUUGUUUGAUCGAUUAUAUUUGCUUUCUGGUGGUAAAACUGUUUAUUUUGGUCAGGCAUCAGAAGCAUAUGAGUUCUUUGCACAAGCAGGCUUUCCCUGUCCUGCUUUGAGGAAUCCCUCUGAUCAUUUCCUUAGGUGCAUUAAUUCUGACUUUGACAAAGUGAAGGCUACUCUAAAAGGUUCCAUGAAACUUCGGUUUGAAACAAGUGAGGAUCCACUUGAGAAGAUAACGACAGCUGAAGCUAUUCGAACUCUCAUCGAGUUCUACCACAGCUCUCAGUUUUAUUACACAGCCAGAGAAAAAGUUGAUGAGAUAUCCAAAGUAAAAGGAACUGUGCUAGACUCAGGAGGCAGUCAAGCUAGUUUCUUGAUGCAGGCCUACACUUUAACCAAGCGUUCUUUCAUCAACAUGUCAAGAGACUUUGGGUAUUACUGGUUGAGGCUUCUAAUUUACAUUGUAGUCACUGUCUGUAUUGGGACCAUCUAUCUCAAUGUCGGCACUGGUUACAACGCAAUUCUGGCAAGAGGUUCAUGUGCAUCUUUCGUGUUUGGUUUCGUUACAUUUAUGUCGAUUGGUGGCUUUCCUUCGUUUGUAGAAGAUAUGAAGGUUUUCCAAAGAGAGAGACUAAAUGGUCACUAUGGUGUAACUGCAUUUGUGAUCAGCAAUACACUCUCUGCAAUGCCAUUCCUGAUAAUGAUCACCUUCAUCUCUGGGACCAUUUGUUAUUUCAUGGUCCGUCUUCAUCCCGGCUUUCAACAUUAUCUUUUCUUUGUGCUCUGUCUGUAUGCGAGCGUCACUGUUGUUGAGAGCUUGAUGAUGGCCAUAGCCAGCAUUGUCCCAAACUUCCUAAUGGGUAUCAUCAUUGGAGCUGGACUUCAGGGCAUAUUCAUGCUGGUGUCUGGCUACUUCAGGCUCCCAAAUGACAUCCCAAAACCAUUCUGGCGUUACCCAAUGUCAUACAUCAGCUUUCAUUUCUGGGCUCUGCAGGGUCAGUACCAAAAUGAUCUGAAAGAGGUUGCUGUUCGACAACCGUCACCAGAUCUUCCAAAGAUCCCGGGCGAGUACAUCCUGCAAACGUGUUCC